AUGACACGAUUUCUUGGCUUUCGAGGCAGCCGCCUCAACUACGCGGCACUCCUUGGCGUGGUUAUGCCUGCAAUGAUGUCCCUAGGCUAUAAUCAAGCAUUACUAGGAGGAGUUCUCACCCUACCCUGGUUCAAAGCGCAAUUUCCUCAAAUCGACGUGACCAAUGCCCACCCUUCAGAAAAACACCACAAAUCCACAUUACAGGGUGCUGUGGUGGCCCUGUAUGCCGCAGGCGGGUUCUUAGGAGCCAUCGCCUGCAUUGGGUUGGGUGAUAUCCUUGGACGUCGACGAACUAUCAUACUCGCCUCAGUGACGCAAAUGAUCGGGGCUUUCCUCAUGGCUAGUUCGUUCCCUUUUUCUCAGUUAGUGGUAUCGCGAGUUAUCCUAGGUCUAGGAACCGGCGGUCAGCUAGCCACUGUACCUGUCUGGCAAUCGGAGAUAUCGCCAGCUGCCAAGCGUGGUGCGCAUGUCGGGACCACAGGCGUCUUCGUCGCUAUGGGGCUUACGCUGGCGUUACUUGUCGAUCUUGGGAUGUCAUAUGUUCCCAAUAGUGCAAGCUGGCGUGUCCCAGUUGGUCUGCCUAUCAUAUUUUGCUUAGCUGUGAUUAUAUUUACUUCUCAUAUGCCUGAGUCUCCCCGUUGGCUGGUCCAACAGGGCAAAGUCUCUGCUGCUCGUGAGGUAUUAGCAGCAUUGAUAGACACGGAAAUGGAAAGUGAAAUGAUCGGGAAGGAGAUAGCGGAUGUGACGGCCUCGUUAGCUAUUGCUGGUAAUGGAUCCCUGCGCCAAAUCUUUCGCAUGGGUCAUCAGAGAAUCUUUCAUCGUGUAUCGCUUGCGGCAGGUGGGUUGAUAUUGCUACAACUGACGGGUGUCAACUGUAUCACGUACUACAGUACGACGAUUUUCCAAACCUAUCUUCACCUGGACGCGACAACAUCAAGGAUUUUGGCCGUGGUUUAUCAAUUGUCAGGUGCCUUUGGUGGCAUUGUCUGUGUGUUCACUAUAGAAGGAUUUGGUCGUCGCUUCUUGUUGUUGUCAAGUGCGACAAUCAACGCAAUCACCAUGAUCCUCGUGGCUGCGCUUAGUUCCCAGUCGACAAACCACAUCGCCAUGUACGCAGCUGUGGUCUUUAUGUUCAUCUUUCACUUUAGCAUGGUUCUCGGGUUUGGCGGCAUACCUUUCCUCUAUGCAUCUGAGGUGUCACCUCUCAGUCUGCGUACCACUAUCAAUGGUAUCGGGUCUGGCAUAAACUGGGCUCUGAGUGUUUUGAUCGCUGAGGUCACACCAAUCGCUUUCAACGCUAUUGGAUGGAAAUACUUUCUCAUAUUUGCCGUUCUGAACUUUGCGAUGAUACCGAUAAUCUAUCUGUUUUGCCAGGAGACUGCAGGUCUGUCGCUGGAAGAUAUAGAUGAGGUGUUUAUUAUGUCCACAGGUUGGUUAGAUCCUGUUCGUGUGGCCAAGCAGUUGCCUAACAGGUUAACUGGGCGACAACCCCAGGAAGAUGGCCCUUUGGAGAAAGAAGGCAAUGGAGUGCCGAAAGAUUGA